AUGGCGUGCAGGAUCGGCAUGCUUCUCUACGUGAUCUCCCAGUUCCUCGCGUUUCUCUUUGUGCUGGUGGGUACGCCGAUCGACAUGUUUCGCGUAAAGGGCCUCGGGAGAUUUGCUAACACGCCGUGUCUGACCUUGUGGGGCGGAAAGGAAGAGUGCUACAGCACAAAGUACGACGUGUCGUAUGACGAGCUGUGGGCGAACUGCAAUGACCGCCUCCUCCAGUUCCGCGUUGCCGAAGCACUCGCUGUCAUUUCUAUCUUCGUGUACGGCUUGGCGUUUAUACUCGGCUUCAUUGCGCUGUUCUGCUGCCUUUGCUUCCGCUGGGUCUGCCUGACGCUCAACAUCCUUGGCAUCGGCACCUUGGGCGUCGUCUGGGCGCUCAUGGUGGUGGUCUACUACAAGGAUGACGGCCUACUUUGCCCAAGGGUGAGCAGCCGCUUCGAUUUUGGUUUCGGUUUCAUUCUCCUCCUGGUGGCCUGGAGUCUGAAUAUCAUAAAUAUCGUGCUCCUGCUGCUCCCGUGUCCGUUGGUAGACUCAGGUACUCCUAAAACCCGGCCCCAAAAUCCGACGGAACAGUAG